UUCCCUAUUGUACUGUAUCCCAUGAAAACACUUUACUAUACUUUAGCCGCGGUUAGGAAUAGUGGGUCUUUCCCUGCAUUCUUUAGAAUGUAUUUCAAACAUUACUUCACCCGCGUCCUUCUUCAUAUUUAGCGUUUUUGUUUACUACGAAUAACUACUUAUGGGUACUGUAUUUUAGGCAAUUUUUAGCUUGAUAUAUUUAGCUAAAUAUUUGUGCCCGGUUUAAUCAUGGCGACUUCCGCUCUUAGCUCCUAUGUGACGUCUUAAAGCAAUGCGUUCUGGGAGUUGAGGGAUGUGACUAGUCGGGUAUGGCGGCAGAAUUAACUUCAAGGUUUCGCCGGAUCCGCAGUAUGGGAGAACUGAGAGCUCGCAGGAGAGGCUAUGUGGGACCAUUCCAAGCCACUCAGUUAUGGAACAGCAUUAUUCAUGCAUUGAAAACUCAAGUGGAAGUCAAGAGCCGACGUCAGCAUCUAAGGACAUAUCAUAACUGCUUUACUGGUUCAGAUGCAGUGGAUGUGGUGCUUUGCCAUCUUAUGCAGAACAUGUUUUUAAGCAGCCUUGACCUUUCCCGGACUAAAGGAAUCCAGCUUUGUCAAGCUCUUAUGGAUCAUAAAAUAUUCGAGCCACUUAGUGUCAAAUUGUUUAAAACAGAAACAGAACAAGUGUUUGAAGACAGCAAUAAUCAUUUUUAUAGGUUUAUAGAAUCUAAAGGUCCUGUUGAGUUCUUAGCUGGAGAAAAAGUGAAGAGGCGCUCCAGAUCUGGAUAUGCAUCAACAAUAAGCAACCCAACGGCUCUGGACACUGAGAAUAAAAAGCUACACCAGCUACUUAACUGCAUCUGUGAACAUCCCAAUGCCCACAUGAAUCCGUCACUUAAUAAACCAGGCCACGGCAUUUCACAGAAAGAUACAGAAAACAUAUGGAAACAGCAGAUUAUUUUGCGACUUCUUCAGUUAAUAGAGAUUCCUAUGCUGGAAGACAUUUUUGAGUCACCAGUUCAAACUGAGCAGAAGAAACACUUUAGUGAUCUUAUAGUUUCCAAUACAUUUCUGGACAGAGAGAUUCUGCAGACACUUAAUUUGCCUAAACUGGACAGAUGGCUUAUCACUGCUGUUGAAUGCUUGGAGUAUUUUCCAGAUCAACAGAUAGUGAUGCUAGCUCAGCAGCUGCCCCAUACCAGUAACCUUAAUGAAGAUUUGGACCUGUGUAAGAAAAUGCUAUUUGACCUGAUUGCAAAAUACUACACACAAGAGAGAGAGGCUUUUCUGAACAGUCUUCAUCUGAAUUGUCUCAUGGGAAUUAUUGAACUUUUGGAGUGUGGGAAACAAACCCAAGCCUUGGAAGCUGUCCAGCUGUACUUAAGAUUGUUAGUUCCAAAAGCAAAGGAAGAGCUUCGCAGACUGCUGACAUUCAUGGCAGUGGCAUCUGAAAUUGAUAGCUACAAGGUGCACAAGCAGUUUGAUAAUAAAAUGGUAUUUGUCAGGACAUUUACCAAAGUCCUCAUUAGAAGCACAACAAUACCAAAACAGCAGUGUGAGGACUUUACAGUGUUUCUAUUGGAAAAUUAUACAGAGAUCUUUAAGACACCAAUUGUUUUGUUGGACCUUGUUAGUACCAAACUAAGAAGCUUGCAAAAUGGGAUGGAUCCAGACACCAUUUCAGGUUUUACAUUUUGUGACCGUUGGACUCCUGAAGAGUAUGACAACCUGCGACAUCAUUACACAACCUGUGAGCUGCAACAGUUAAAAGAGGAGAUUGAAAGAAACUCUGCAAUUCCAGAGAAGAAAAAGAAAAAAAUUCUAAAAGAAUUUGACAAAUAUCACCCUUUUGAUUAACACAAACUGCAGAGUCCUGCUUUGAGCUGUUUAUAUUCCUGAAGCAAGGAUUCCACAUUUACAGCCUUCAAGAAGUUAUGAUUUACCACACCAAGCAUCCCUGGAAAGUCCAUGACUAUUGGAGAUGUAGUUUACAGAAAGACAAAGGGGAGACAUUGUGACCCAUGGCAACAGUAGUGGGGGUAUUUUUCUGCAAAAUGUCAUUGGGAUGAUUUUGUUUCUUAAAAAGCUAAUAUUUUUUUUGCACUACAAAAGAACUUGUUCCAAACUGCCUUUUUAGAGAAAUGAUUGUACUUCUAAUGAACAUACCUGAAUUUAUUUGAAAAAUAAUGCAAUACACUAAAAUAAGACUUUAAGGCUGCAUACACUGGACAGGAAUUCAUAACUGGACUUAUUACUUGAAAUAUAGAAUCUAUUGUAAGUGAUACAGUGCUUAAAAAUCACACUGUCUAAAUUAAGAAUGUAGCAUAAUUGAAUGGUAAUAAUAUGUUGCCCAUGGCAACUGGCACAUUUAUUGCUCAUAAUCCUUUGAAAACCAUUUACUGAAAAAUAAUACAUUGUAGCUCUUGGCUACAAUAUGGCUUACAAUACAAUACAUUAUUGUAUGGUGAUAUGAAAUGAACUUUACACCAGUGGAAAAUGGUGUUGGAUUAGCUGCGCAUUGUUUACUGAUUUAUAGUUUGUUGCCUUAGUUGCUACUGAUUAAUCACCUGGCACAGAUUAAUUAGUAUAAUAGAGUGCAAAUGUCAAUUAACACUGUUAGGAGGCCAAAUUACACUAAUUUAAUUAGAUGCCGCUUCUGCACAUUUAUUUAGGACUCUUACACACCGGUUUUUGAAUGUGUGUCUGUGGAAGUACAUGCUAAACAGAUCUAGGACUCUUACACAUGAGUGUUUGUAACAUUGUUCCCAUGUGGUAGAGCACACAAAAAUCCACUGCACUGGAGCACUGUUACAAACAUAUGUAAGAGCCCAUGUAGCUUGCGUUUGCGGCUGUUUACUAUGGACCUAAAUGCAUGAGCUAACUGAUUGCAUUUCUUUAUUAUUAGAAUGCAAAAGCACAUGUGUACAAACAGAAUAAAAUUGAAUAAAUUAAUUUAUCCACUUAGGUGCACUGAAACAUGCACCGUAGAGUCCUUACACAUGGGUGUCUAUUGUGUUCCUGUGUGGUGUAUUUAUUUUUUUUUUUUGUGUGUAUAUCACUGCGUUAACCAUUCAUUUUAAUUGUCCCUGUGCCCACAGUGCCACACUGCAGGUGAGGGACGACAUGCAGUGUCAGACCUGUGUUCAGUGGUUUAGCUUGGUGCAUAGAAAAGAAUGGGCUUUGUGGGAUAUGACUCAAUUGCACAUGCACAAAAAAAAGCCAGUGUGUAAUGGCCCUUACAGGAAUUUUGUUUACAGAUUAUUGGCAAUUUUUAGGUAUUGCAUGCAAGUUGAUUUGUAGAAAGUUGUGCAUAUAUCAAAAGUAACAGCAGGGCCAAAUGACCCUAAUUUAUUCUAGAUAGCUUUUAUCUUAAAUUUGCUGGAGGGUUGCAGGGUGAGAGUUCCUGCUUUAAAAUAUCAAGUGGGCUGCAGCUGAAAUUAAGGAUAAUGUUCAGUUAAUCUUAUAAUGCAUAAGGCUGAUGCCACACCAUGCGUAUGGUGUAUAUUUUGGACAAGCCAAAAAUGCCACAUGCCAUAUGCUCCUACCUGUGCCUGUACCUGAAUGAAUGGAAUACGCUCUGGUGCAGGCACAUGUAGCCGAAAUCUGCAAAGUCUUGUGUUUAUAUGCGGAUAUCGGCUACAUGUGCCUGCAGCCAAGUGUAUUCCAUUCCUUCAGGUGCAGACACCGGUAGGAGGAGCGUAUGACGCGUAUUUACGGCAAGCAUUUCUCGGCUUGCCGAAAAUAUACGCCAUACAUAUGGUGUGUCAUCAGUCUAAGGGCCCUUAGACAGGAGUUAGUUACAUAAACAUAGAAAAAAAAAGCAGUGUGUCAUGGCCUUUACAGUAAUUUUGUUUACAGAUUAAUUGUAAUUAUAGAGAUUACGUGUAAGCACAUAUUAAUUUGUAGAAUGUUGUGCAUAUAUCAAAAGUAACAUUGAUUGCAGGAUCAAAUGACCCCAAUUUAUUUUCAUUGGCUUUUAUCUUAAAUUACAGCUUUUAGGGAUUAUGUGCAAGCAAAGUGAUUUUUUAACAAUUUUCCUUUUUUUAAUAACUAAGAAAUAAAUUGAUUUGAUUAUAGAAAUAUAAACUACCUGUUUUUCAUCAUA